GAAAUAUUUAUUUAAAAAAAGUUUGCGGCGAAAAAAUUUCUCAUUCCAUUCCGCAUUCAACUUCGUCAAAAGUUCGUUUCGCCUCAUAUGCUUGCGUAGUUUGUUGCUAGAAAAAUAUCUUAAAUCAUUUGGAAAUAUAUUUGUUCAAACAAUUUGCUCUUAAAAUUCAUUUUGUGUAAGGUUUUUGUCAUAAAUUUUAAAAAAUUUUAUUUGUUGACACAAUGGAAGAGCUGCUAAAUGACAUUGUACCUCAGGAUGAGCUGGAAAAAUUCGAGAAGAAAUAUCAUCAGGAAUUGGAGUUGGAUGGUGAGGCAACAACUGAAUCCAAAUUUGAGUACGCUCUCUGCUUGGUACGGAGCAGAUACUCAAAUGAUGUGCGUAAGGGAAUAAUGAUUUUGGAAGAUUUAGCUCGCACCCAUCCUGAAGGUAAACGGGACUACAUUUAUUAUUUGGCUUUUGGCAAUGCUAGAAUAAAGAACUACACUGAAGGACUAAAAUAUUGUCGUGCUUUCCUUGAAAUCGAAUCCAAUGAUCAAGUUCGUUCAUUAGAGGAGCACAUCAAAAAGCAAUCUGACAAGGAAAUGACAAAGGGAAUGGUAGUUGCUGGAGGUGCAGUUCUUGUACUAGGCGGCAUUAUAAGUCUCGGUCUGGCAUUGGCUAAAAAUAAACAAAAACGUGAUAAAUAAAGAGCAUAGAAAAGGA